UCCUGCCUAAUCUUUUCUUCUUCUACAGAUAAGGCUUUUUCUCUCUUCAACUGAACUCCAUGACUUAAUUGUCUCUCUCUUUCUCCCACUCAACUAAAAACCUCAUAGAGAAACCCUAAUCCUCAUUUUCCGAAGUCAUGGGAUCUAAAGCAAUCCCUCAGGCACUCAUUACACUACCAGGAACUCCUUCAAAGAAAUUAGGAUUCUCCACGAAUUUCCCAGCUCAAUUAUCUACAUUCAACACAAACAGAAUCACUCUUUCUAGGGUUUCGUCAAAAGGACUAAGUUCCAUCGUUAAACCUUUGAUGUCUACUAGAAAAUCCUUUGUUGUACGAGCAGAGGCUUCUGAUGAAGUUCCAGAAGUAGAAUCAGAAAGCAAUGACAUUGAAGUGUCUGCCGUUGCUGUUGCUGUAGCUGAGAAACCACCCACCACUCCUUUUAAACCCAGAGUGAAGCUCGGGGAUAUAAUGGGGCUUUUGAAUAAAAGAGCUGUAGAAGCUUCAGAGAAGGAAAGACCCAUUCCAGAUCUUAGGAGUGGAGACAUUGUUGAAAUUAAAUUGGAAGUACCAGAAAAUAGGCGUAGGCAAUCAAUUUAUAAAGGUAUUGUAAUCUCAAAGCAAAAUGCUGGAAUCCACACAACAAUUAGGAUUCGAAGGAUUAUCGCUGGUGUUGGAGUCGAGAUAGUUUUCCCUGUGUACUCUCCUAACAUCAAAGAGAUAAAGCUAGUUAAACACAGAAAGGUUAGAAGGGCAAGGUUGUACUAUUUGAGGGACAAGCUACCCAGACUCUCAACCUUUAAGUAAAAUGUACAAUUUUGCUUCACCAGCUGUAUCUUUCUUCUACGAAUUCUGUGAGUUUUGUAAUUUUUAUCUCGAACCAAUAUAUUUUUCUGCAGUAAAUCCUACCAUUAUGUCCUCUCUCUAAUGGUGAGUCACUGCUGAAUGCAACUUUGUCUUUAAAAUUAUUACCAUAUUGCAGCCUGUUUCCACUUGUUUUACA